AUGUCGAUGAGCCCUAGGCAUACGACUCCUUUUUCUGUUUCCGAUAUCUUGAGUCCUCUUGAGGAGAGCUACAAGAAAGUAAGUAUGGAGAAUAACAACUUGGGGUCACCUCUCGCGUCGUACCGGCAGCCGCAGGUGUCUCAGGCGAUGAUGCAGCAGCACCACAUGGGCCAUAACGGGACGGUGUCCGCGGCAUACCAUAUGACUGCGACGGGGGUGUCCCAGCUGUCACACACCGCAAUGGGGGGCUACUGUAACGGCAACCUGGGGAACAUGAGCGACCUGACGCCCUACCAGGACGGCAUGAGAGGCAGCGCCACGGCUGCUGGCUGGUACGGAGCCAACACAGACCCGCGAUUCUCCACGAUCUCGCGCUUCAUGGGCUCUUCUUCGGGCAUGAACAUGGGCAGUAUGGGCAGCCUUGGCUCGCUAGUAGACGUGGGGAAAGGCAUGGGCCCGCUCUCGAGCACCCCGAGAAGGAAGAGGCGCGUGCUAUUCUCUCAGGCUCAGGUCUACGAGCUCGAGCGGCGAUUCAAACAACAGAAGUACCUAUCGGCGCCUGAGAGAGAACACCUGGCGAGCAUGAUCCACCUCACCCCGACCCAGGUCAAAAUCUGGUUUCAGAACCACCGAUAUAAAAUGAAGAGGCAAGCGAAGGACAAAGUGUCGCAGCAGCAGAUGCAACAGGACAGUAGUUCCUGUCAGCAGCAUUCCCCUCGGCGGGUGGCUGUGCCUGUGUUAGUGAAAGACGGCAAGCCAUGCCAAGGCAGUGCCCACACUCCCACCACUACUGUACAGGCCCACCACCAACAAGGUGCCAAUGUUAUGAUCAUGUCCAGUAACGGUUCAGGCCUAGGUCAGCACCAGAGCCAACAGGUGGGUAGUGCAGAUCACUCUCCAGACCUAGCACAACACUCUGCCAGCCCACCGUCUCUCCAGACCCAGGUAGCCGGCCUCUCUCACCUGAACUCCUCCAGCGCCGAGUACGGGACGGCCCUGCAGUGCUCUGCUCUGUUAUAUGGCAGGACAUGGUGAUCUGUUAUGCAGCGGGACAUGAUGAUCUGUUUAUACGGCAGGACAUGGUGAUCUGUUAUAUGGCAGGACAUGGUGACAGCCAGACAAACUAUGAUCACAAACACACAUACAACACUGCUCUCAAAGCUUUUUCAGCAAAGUCACUCAACAGACACGCAAACAAACAAACCAAUUGUACUUUGUGUACAUUUUGAACAACACCAUUUGGUGAAUUUUAGUUCAUGCUCUUCUAAAAUGUAAUUGGAUAUGAGGACAGUAAGUGGAGACGAAAGAAACUCGACAGAUGAAGUUAUGAGGAUAUGCGAGUUCAAUCUUCGCUUUGAAGGUGGAUUUCUUAUUUCUGUAAAUUAUACUGAAGCUAUACAGGGCUAGUCCUACAUCAAGAGGUCAUAGGCCCUACUCCUGUGUGUUGGUCAUUGGGCUAAAGAUCUCAAUAGAAAAACUGUGGGUGCUUUUCAAUUUUUUUCACAGAAGGCUCUGGUUUAUAAUAGAAUUUAAUGUAAAACGUAGCUUGUAUAUAUUUCUGUAAAAGGUUUGAAUUGAAUAUAUAGUUUUUAGCAAUCUGUUGUACAAAGUUUUUAGCGCUAUUAAUGGUUUGUGGUUGGUUCUUUGAGUUCCAUCGGUAUUUGUACGUUUUAUUUACUUGUAACUUAUAUAGAUAGAUAUUACUUAAAUACAGCCAAACAAUCCUAUUAAUAAAUUAUGAUAAUAAAAUUCAUUCAGAUCCAUUUAUUGAAAUUGUUUUGUAUACUGUUUCAGAGAAUACAUAGGCCUACGAGAAACCUUGUCAAAUUAUUUUCAGAAAACGAAUAGGAAAAUUAAUACUAUAAUAAUAAUAAUAAUAAUAAUAAUAAUAUUAUUAUUGUAGUAGUAAUAAUAAAGAUGAUGAUUCUAAUUAUAAUAAUGCAUGAUAUUGUCUAUAGUCCACUUUAGCUUGUCAAUUCAGUAAGUCUCAAUUUAGACCGAAAUCAUUUUUUGCUGUCUUAUUUAUUAUGUUAACUGCACACAAUAAUGGAUUUUAAGCAAUGCACGACUAAUGAAAACCUCUUUUUGACCAGGUGUGAUCGAAAUCGUUGUUACUAAGUGUUGCUGUGUAGGUAGGCUAAAUUGUUAUUAGCCUAAUGCUAACUUUUGCCUGAAAGAGCUUAACCCCAAUUCCAGGCUAUUUGGUCACGUUUAUUAUAGCUACAAUCAACGGUUGUCUGUAGAUGUGGUUCGUGGUACUCUGUGGCCGUUCCUACACAACGCGGCGCCUCACAAAUCGUGUAUUGUGUACACACUAUCUCACUUGGAUCACGCUGGGUAAACUCAGGCCAGGUCUUUGUGUGCACUCGGCGUCCCUUAGGUUCCUAGCGUUCUUACGUUCUCUGCCUGUUUCUGGUUUGGGUGAGUCAUUUAGGUGAGGUCUCGAAGCGUUCUUUUUAACCCUGGAGAUCAAACACGCGCUGACUAAAAGAACGUCUUAUCGACCAAAUCCCUUGCCAAACAACAGUAUUCUUCUCAAAUAACUUCGCAAGACAAAUCGUCGUCUCUUAUCAGAGGUAAGCAUUGUAAGGUCUGUUGUAUUCGGCGCAUGUGACAAAUAACAUUUGAUUUGAUUUAAGCAUACGUUUAUCAAUAAUCGAUAAAUCAACUGGGGUUGAAAUGAAAAUAGCGUGCAGUCUUUCAUUUUAGAAGUUUAAUGUAAUUUGCUUAUACCAAGUGGGAUGACACGGCCCUGGCUCGUCAAGUUAGCAUUUGCAUGCGGUGGAGAAGAUAUUUUGUGGUUUUUAAUUGAUUCGAGAAUGUUUUAACAUAUAAAUGGUACAUUUCAAAUGAAUUGUGUGGGACGGACCCAUAGGUCCAUUGUGUGGGACGGACCCAUAGGUCCAUUGUGUGGGACGGGCCCAUAGGCCCAUUGUGUGGGACGAACUCUGUGUUCUUGUAAUUUAGUUGUAAUGUAAAGGACUUGCAACUAUUUUGAUAGUAUGGUAUUAUACACUGAGUAUACAAAACAGGUGAAAGCUAUGAUCCCGUAUUGAUGUCACUUGUUAAAUCCACUUCAAUCAGUGUAGAUGAAGGGGGGAGACAGGUUAAAGAACGAUAUUUAAG